AUGGGUUACGACUACGCGCUGGUGCACGUCAAGUACACCAUCCCUUUGGCUGCACUGCUCACUUUCCUCUCAUAUCCCGUCUUCACGCGCCUCGACGUUGUGAGAACCCUCUUCAUUGUCACCAUCGCCUUCGUGGCCACGAUUCCCUGGGACUCCUACCUUAUCAGAACUGGCGUUUGGACCUACCCUCCGGACGCAGUCCUGGGGCCGACCCUCUACGACAUCCCUGCCGAGGAGCUCUUCUUCUUCGUUAUCCAGACCUACAUCACUGCCCAGCUCUACAUCAUCCUCAACAAACCUGUCCUCCAUGCGCAAUACCUCAACUCGCCUGCCACGUUACCGCAAUGGAUCAAGAAUGGAAAAGUCGUCGGCCAGCUUGCGCUCUUCGGCAGUGUCAUUCUUGGCGCCUGGCUCAUCGCCAAGGAGGGCGAGGGAACCUACCUGGGUCUGAUCCUGGUGUGGGCUUGCACUUUUGCUCUCUUUACCUGGACAAUCACUGCGCACUUCCUCUUGGCCCUGCCAUUGGCAUGCACUGCCCUGCCCAUCCUCCUCCCCACGAUUUACCUCUGGGUUGUCGAUGAGAUGGCGUUGGGACGUGGCACCUGGGCCAUUGAGAGCGGCACAAAGCUGGAGCUCCAACUCUUUGGUAGUCUCGAAAUCGAGGAGGCCACCUUCUUCCUGGUCACCAACAUGCUCAUUGUCUUUGGCGUUGCUGCCUUUGACAAGGCCGUUGCUGUCUGCGAUGCUUUCCCCGACAAGUUCGACGAGCCGGCCGACGCUUUGUGUAUGUCGUUGUUGCGCGCUCGCGUGUUCCCCUCCUCAAAGUACGACAUGCAGCGCAUCCUGGGCAUUCGGCAAGCUGUGGUCCGAUUGGCCAAGAAGAGCCGCAGCUUUCACCUCGCCAGCUCUGUCUUUCCUGGUCGCCUACGCAUUGACUUGACUCUGCUUUACUCUUACUGCCGCCUGGCCGACGACCUCGUCGACGACGCCAAAACCCCCGAAGAGGCGGCUUCCUGGAUCUCCAAGCUCGACCGCCACCUCAGCCUCCUCUAUAAAGACCCUGACGCGACCUCGGCGCCCCUUGCCUCCAAAUACGCCGCCGAGAACUUCCCCCCAUCCGCUCUCUCGGCCCUCGACCUGCUCCCGGCCUCCCUCCUCCCGCGCGAACCUCUCGCCGAGCUUCUCAAGGGCUUUGAGAUGGAUCUUUCCUUCAGCAACUCCACCUUUCCCAUAACCGACCCUGAGGACCUCGAGCUCUACGCCGCCCGUGUCGCCAGCACUGUCGGUCAGGCCUGCCUCGAGCUCGUCUUCCGCCACUGUCAACAUGGACUGCCCGACUAUAUGCAGGCGUACCUCCGUAACACAGCGCGCCAGAUGGGACUCGCUUUGCAGUUCGUCAACAUCGCGCGCGACGUUGCCGUAGAUGCAAAGAUCGGUCGCGUCUACCUCCCUACCUCGUGGCUCAAGGAGGAGGGUCUGACGCCGCAGGAUGUCCUCAACAGCCCCAACAGCGAGGGCGUCGGAAAGGUGCGCCGCAGAAUCCUCGCCAAGGCUUUCGACCACUACGGCGAGGCCAGAGACUCGAUGAAGUGGAUUCCCUCAGAGGCGCGCGGCCCCAUGGUCGUGGCCGUGGAAAGCUAUAUGGAGAUUGGCCGGGUUCUGAUGCGCAACGGCGGCGCGGCGGCGGACGGUAGCGGGCGGGCCACAGUGCCCAAGUCGAGACGCAUUUGGGUCGCUUGGAGCACGUUGAUGGCUGCUUAG